AUGGCCUUCCCCGCCUUUGUGCAGACGGCUGCUGCCAACAGCACCUGUGGAGAAGGGGCACCGCGGCUCUGUAAGCGCUGCUCCGCCGCUGUGCGCGUCCUGCUCGCCCCGGAGGCGGGCAGAGACGGCGUGCAGAGACGGCGUGCCUACGCCCCCCGAGGACUGCCGGCCCCAACUUCGACUCCCCGGGGCCGCAGAAGAACCCGCCGCAGCGCCCUGCUCUGCCCCGCCAGGCCACGGGGCUCCAGCGCCGGCCUGCGCCCAGGCCUGAGCGAGCGGCGGGAGGAGGCGGCGGCCCGCUCGGCCCCUGCCGCCGCCCUCAGCGAGGACGAGGACGACUCGGAGGAGGAGGAGGAUUCCUCCGAGACCGACUCGGAGGAUGACUCCGAGGAGCACGGGGCUGCGCUGGAGGGUGACUUCAAUCUAGCGGAUUAUGACUACCUGCCAGUGUCUUCUGAAAUCAAAGAACUCUUUGAGUACAUCAAGAGGUACACUCCCAAAACAAUAGAGAUCGAGCACAAACUGCAGCCUUUUAUUCCAGACUUUAUUCCCGCAGUUGGAGACAUUGACGCGUUCCUAAAGGUUCCUCGUCCCGAUGGCAAACCUGAUAACCUUGGCCUGCUGGUCCUGGAUGAGCCAUCGACCAAGCAGUCGGAUCCCACCGUGCUCUCCCUUUGGCUGACGGAGAACUCCAAGCAGCACAACAUCACCCAGCAGAUAAAAGUGAAGAGUUUGGAGAACGCAGAGAAGAACCCCAAAGCCAUCGACAGCUGGAUUGAAAGUAUCAGUGAACUGCACCGCUGCAAACCUCCUGCCACAGUCCAUUACACCAGGCCAAUGCCUGACAUCGAGACCCUGAUGCAGGAAUGGUUGCCAGAAUUUGAGGAGCUUUUGGGAAAGGUGGGCCUCCCGACUGCAGACAUGAACUGUGACCUGGCUGAAUACGUCGACAUGAUAUGUGCCAUUCUGGACAUCCCUGUGUACAAGAGUCGGAUCCAGCCUCUGCAUGUCCUCUUCUCCCUCUACUCGGAGUUCAAGAACUCGCAGCAUUUCAAGGCCCUGGCUGACGGGAAGAAGGGCAGGAGCCCACCAUCCAACCCGCCUUCACAAGCAGCAGACGCAGAAGUGUUAAGCUUUACUUGAAGCUUCACGUUAAACCCUCGUCUCCUGGAUCAAUGUCUGCCGCUGGACAUCAACCUUGGACCGCAGCAGCCUGUGAAGCAGCGCAGGGCACUUCAGAAGCCUUCUUGGUUUUAUAGAUACUG